AUGGAUGCUCAGGAACCAAAGCCGGCUGAAGACGCGACCACGCCCUCUGGCUCCCCCGUGGACGCCGAACCCAAAACCUCGACGCCUCCGACGACGUUCCUGCAGCGCACCAAGCAACAUGUGCACCGUUUCCUGACAAAGAACAUCUGGGCCAAGGACGGCCGCAACCGCAGUCAUGUUCCGCACAUGUCUGUCUGGAUUGCUGGAGUUCGCGUCUUGCAGCUGCUUCUCGCCAUAGCCACACUGGCCCUGACUGCAUAUGGGGUGGCCACUAUACAAAAGGCCGUUGGGUAUAGGAGGAUCACGAACUGGAGCGGGUCCGAGGGGUAUCCUUUUGCAUGGUUCGCCUUCUCCUGGACCCUCGUCUAUCUGGCGUGGCUCGGUACAGCAGUUCUCGUUCUCCCCAUCAUGUACAACUGUUGGGUUCACCUUGGUCUUGAAAUCCUGAGCCUGGUGUUCUGGCUCAUCGUGACAUCACUUCUCGCCAGCCACUCGGAUGACCUUGAUUCCAUCGAUGCCUAUGUCACUGGCCUCGGCCCUGAGUACAAGAAACAUUAUAAUGAGUUCAUACAGGAAUAUGCCCGCGGAUUUGUCGUAGCAACCUUCGCAGCCACCGGCGUGGCAACUGCCAAUUUUCUGCUCUUUGUUGUCACGGUCGCUCGGUUCGGUCGUGCUCUCCAUGACAUGCGCCAAAAGUCGAACGCCAGCACCAAGUCCCAGACGACGACGCAAGCUUCUGAGGCGGACAAAACUGUCACAUCGCCACAUAUGACACACGCCAUGGCUGCUUAUCCACCAUGGGCUCACUACCCACCUCACCCUCACUACCCAUACUACGGGGCGCCUUACCCCCCUCAAUCCACCUCGUCCAACUCACCUGACGGACAGUCUGUGCCACCGGGUCCUCAUCCUUACAUGCCGGCCUAUUUCCCGAUGCCCAUGCACCCCUAUCCUCAGGGGUAUCCGACGCCAACCCAACAGGGACCUCACCAAGAUUCACCUGAUCCGCAGGACCCGAACCGACAAGCGACAGCUUCACCGGGUGGUGCCUCACAACACACGCCGUGGCCACCGCAUUCUCCGCACUACGGUCCCCCAGGCUCCAUCUGGCCGCAACACAGCUACAGCAUGUACCAGCAGCAGGUGCCAAUAGCAGCGCAGCACACGGGCCAGUCACAGCCAGGGUUCGGCUCGCCACAGUUCCCAAUGGUCGCGCCAAUGGCCACGACGAAGACUGAUCUCCAGGGGGUCCCCCCAGCAUCGUCGGCACCGGGCUCUGUGCUAGCACAUACAAGGCCAGUCCUACCAGCAGAGCUCAACGACGGACAGCUUGGCGACGAGCGCAUGCCCGCUGAGCUGUCUUCUCACGACCACCCACCACCGCCACAAGUGCCGCCACCGCCACCAACUGAGCCCCUGGAAACGAUGCGACCAGCGCAGGUGGAGCUGCCGAGGAACGAAGCACCGACGGAGCAGCCAUCAGCAGCAGAGACGCCCAAAGAAGAAGAGGUACCGAGGUAG